AAUAGAAUGUUUAUUUGCUUCUUCCGGGAUUAAAACAGAUUGCUGUGAGGUAGCUUUAACAAAGUUAAUUUCAUUCUGAAAACACAUGGUCUUUUAAACUGUGUCUUGAAGUAAAUAUUACGAACCUAAUAUGUUAGGUAUGUGCUACUGGUGAGAUUUUUACCAAUAUAAUUUAUGCAAGGUUUAUAAAUACUUGGAUUAUUUCUGUUUUAUGAUACUUGUCAAGUAUGUGUCAUACACAUUUGAGUAUUUCAUUUAUUUAUCGAUGGUAUCGUAAUGGACGAAAAGGUUGACCAAAUAUAUUGUGAUAAAGUGGAAUUGCGAUUUAAUAACUAUUUUUGAAAAAUUGUCAACGACAUGUCUUCAACCAAACCGCGAUCGCUUUCUUGCACCCUCACUGGUACAGAUCAAGAAAUCGACAAUGUUUGAGGACAUUUGACAGCCUUCAGUCACAACAAAUGACGUCAUUGAGUGUUCCUUAUCCUAGCCCAGUAUACUACUGUGCCCUCGCCGUUAUCAGCAACAGCGCCUUGUGGUUGUGAUAAAUUGCUGACCAGUCUGAUAAGUCGAGAUAUAAAAUGUGACGUACUGCCAACAUAAAUGAGGUUAUACUCUCACAGUUCAAAUAGCGCGAGUUAAGUAAAUUAAACGCAUUGAGGAUUUACAACAGGGACAUUGCAAAAUAAAAUUUGUAAGAUUUAACCAGGAAAGGUCUAAUAUUGACAUUCUCUUAAAAUAAUGACUUGUUUUUAUAACUUUUGUUCAAAUGUAAGCAUGGAAUUUAAAGAUAAAUCGAAUAUUUGUUGAUUUUAAUUCACAAAGAUUUUGAUGGGGUCUAAUCGACAAAUCCAUAUAGAGUUUUAUAGACCUCUUUCGGUAUUUGUUUUAAAAACGUUUGAGUCAUUUGUACUUGGUGUUAAUAUUUAAAAUGCUAAAACUGGAAUGGAGUAUAAAUAUUAUUGAAGUUUUCGUUAAACAAUAAAUGCCACUUCCUUAUCUAAAAUUUAUGUGUUUCAUUCGCAUGCAUCGUGAGAUACAAAUAAGUAUACAGUUGGGAUGAUGAUUUAAACCUGAAGAAAAUGAUACUAUUUUACUUUCUAGUUUAUAACCACAGGGAGUGUUUAACACUGCGGUUUUGAUAAUUAGUCUAUAAAGCUCCGGGACCGAACGCCUGGUUUGGGAGAUCGGAAUCGCUGUAUAAAUUUGUGAAUUGAUUAGAUAGGCAUUGGACUUCACUUGUGUUGGCGCCAUAGAGAAGAUAGAUAAACACAACGAGAAAUUCAUACGUGGAAUAAAAUACUUGCUUUCUUUGGCUAUGUGUUAUAUGGACAUUAUCAUUGAAAGUGUAUGAAAAGAAAAUUGAGAAAAACAGUUUAUUAGUUGGAAUUGUCUAUUGGCUUUAACGAACUAUUUCAAAAGCAAUUUACCAUCAAUUUUUAACCAUUAUUUUAAACAUAUUUACUGAAAGUGCAAGGUUAAACGAACAUGUUCAAUACCACGGAAUAUGUUGAAAGUAAUCGGAUGGAGAGCUUGGACGAAUUGAACGACCGUUAUGCAAGAGCAUUACUUCCUCUUACAAUAACCUUCGGUUUCUUUGCUAUCUUCGGGUUCCUUGGAAACAUUUUAAUUCUUGUCGUGUUUUCUUUGAGUCGGGAAUACAAGCGGAAUAAUUUCAAAGUGUUCGUCCUGACCCUAGCUGUGAUAGAUCUGGUGAUAUGUGUAACUUUGAUACCUGCUGAGAUGGUGAAACAGAGGAAAUACUUUGAGUUUGGGGACGAGGUAACGUGCAAAGCUAAGUGCUUUUUCAACGUGUUUGGGGCAUCUUCCUCAUGUCUCGCCCUCUUGGUCAUUUCAAUAGAUAGGUUUAGAAAAGUGGUGCAGCCGUUCAAGAAGCAAAUGUCACCAGCCAUUGCAGUACGAAUUUUGAUGGUGGUUGCUUGUGUAUUCCCUAUACUUUUAGCUAUACCCGGAACUAUCAUGUGUGGAAUAAAAACAACAAAUAUGACGAAUAUACAUGGAGGAGUCACCACCAUUCAUCUAUGUGAAACAGAAGAAAAGUACGAGAAAUCCAUAUGGAGAACAGUCUACAAAUUCAUACUCCUAGUUUUGCUGGUUGUAAUUUCAUUGACGUAUAUAGUGUUGUAUACAUUUGUGAUGAAAGAAGCUGCGAAACAAAUAAAAGCUAUAUCCAUGCAACGCAAUUUUCCAUCCUAUGACACGGUGUUUACCUCUGGGAUUUAUAAUCAAAAUACAAUUGUUCAUGAAACACCGGAAAUACACCGAAAGCAAAUAGAAACGCGUAAAAAUGGAACAAAUGACAUACCCAAUAAUGUUGAGGACGAUUCGCAAUCAUAUGGCACGCUACAGAACGGGGCUUCGAAACGUAGCAAGAACAACAAGCAGACCAGCGUAAAUGAUCGAAAAAAGAAAACCAGACAUUUCCCUACAAAGACCAUUAUUUGGUUUAUAUUGACCAUUGUGUUCAUUGUUACGUAUGUUACCCAUAAUUUUCUGACUCUACAAGUUGGAAGGAUUGUCAAUAUGUCACCAAGUGAGUUUACAUUGUUUUCGUUUUUCUUUCGUAUAUAUUUCUUAAAUCAUGUUAUUAAUCCAAUCGUGUAUGCUAUAUUUGUCAAACGAUUCAGAAGUUCUUGCAGAAAUGUAUUUCCUCUUAUCUUAUCAAAACUUAGACAAUGUUUUGUAAGAUAAUUUUGCGAACUCGCAAUAAACAUGGUAUUAAACGGAUUGAAGACGAAUGCAUCUUUCGAUAUUAAGAUUUUUUAAAUAUUUUAUUAUCUUUAUUUUUCAAACGAUUAAGAAGCCCUUUCAGAAAUGUGCUUACUCAAUAUUGUGUUAGAUAGCGAAGCGUACUUCAUGG